CAUCCGCCUCCCCCCCGCACGAACCAGAGAUCCCGUGAGCAACUGACUCGUGUCGUCACCGACUUCGACUCCACCCCGUCUCCUGGUCCCGUGACUCGGUGUUCUGUCCGCCGCUCAGAGUAGUAAUCGCAUCACAUGAUCUUUGCUAUUAUUGCCUGAGGCAGCAGCCAGUCAUGCGCCUUGACCGCCUGCAUCAUCGUUGCUUAUCACGAGGGCGGUCAUCAACCACCGCCGGUGCUUUGGCAUGCAAGAACACUGGUAACAAACCGGUCUUUCGCUCGGGAAACAAGUGGCCGUCUUCGAAUGUGGAUAGACUCAACCUUCUCCUUGCUUGAUCUUGUUUGGCUUCUAGUUGCUCUUUCCCUCGCUCCUAGUGCCUUCUUAUACUCGGUUCUUGAGCUCGGCCCUGUCGUCGUCCUGUCGUCGUCCCCGGUCCAAGCUGAACCACUCGGGACCACUUCUACUACUACAUGACGCCUCUGAAUGGCCCUUUAACUGACCGCAAAGUUUCCCGGCUUCCGGGUCGCUGCGAUGCACUGACACCCUCGACAGUCGAAGUUCUUCCAUAGUUCAUCGUUACCGAAAACACUCUAGCACCAUUCAAGAUGAUGGCAUCAAAUGUCCUGUCCCGCAUCCUCCCUCACAACGGCUCCCCGUCGGUAUACGAGACGAUUCGACAACAUGACGCGGGUUCGGACGACUCAGACGUGGAGGAACGUGCAGGCCUGAUGCUAGGAAAUAACCAGGAUGAAGAUUAUAGUAAUCGAGAGCUGGAGGAAGCCAUGAUCGAGGCUGGGAGGGAUGAGAUGUCGAGUCCGACUCCAAGUGAACCGUUCCUGACUCAUCGCAGCCCCCAAAGGGUGGUCGAGGGUGGAGAUCAAGGUGCAGCUGGGUCUCGUCGUCGCAGGCUUAGUCGUCCUCGUUGGAUGCAGACAUCGUCGCCGCAUCAUGACCCGGACGAUAGAGACGACGAUGUGCCUGCCUCUCUCUACGUGGAGGGUCGGCAGGACGACGAUGACUUAAAGCAGCGUCUCCCUCCUCCUCCCCCUUCCCAUCAUCGCUCAAGCCAGGAGCCCCCGGUACCUGGGCCUUCCUCUGGAGGCGAUCGGGCUCGGUGGGAAAGUACCAGAGAACGUUUGCCCUUACACACGAACCACCAGAGGCAACGGCCGGGGUUGAUAUGGUCCUUGGGGCAUCCGAGCUUAGCCACGGUAGAUCCAAAAGAAAAGGCCUUGUGGAUGUGGGCAAAUGUGGAGAACCUGGAUAAUUUUCUGAAGGACGUUUAUACGUAUUUUCUAGGUAAUGGGAUCUGGUCUAUAUUGCUGGACCGGUUCCUCAGUCUCCUGUACGCCUACCUUACCCCUUCGAUUUGCCUUUGCUAUAGCGGCGUAUGGGGGACACGGUGCUAAUGUUGGUUGUAGGACAUUUGCAUUUGUGGUCGGCUUCAGUACGUUUCUUAUGAACUGCAUUGACUACCGCAGUGUACGCGGAAGCAAGACCUUGGAUGAUAUACUCAUCCCGAAAUGUACCAAGAAGAUGUCUAUGUCUUCGACCCUCUUGCUCUGGCUGCUUACCUUUUUCUGGAUCGGGAAGGCCUUUCAAUACGCUCUGGACAUCAGAAGACUCAAGCACAUGCAUGAUUUUUACCAUUACCUACUUAAUGUGUCUGACGCCGAGAUCCAGACGAUCUCCUGGCAAGAGAUUGUCAGCCGGUUGAUGACGCUGAGAGACUCUAACCCCGCGACGGCCGGAGCGGUUUCUGCAACGCACCGCAAGUUUAUGGGCAGUCAAUCCAAGCAGCGAAUGGAUGCCCACGACAUUGCCAAUCGACUGAUGCGUAAAGAGAACUACCUCAUUGCCCUGGUGAACAAAGACAUUUUAGAUCUGACGCUCCCUAUACCAUUCCUCCGAAACCGACAGCUAUUUUCUCAGACCCUGGAGUGGAACAUCAAUCUUUGCAUUAUGGACUACGUUUUUAACGAGCAGGGCCAGGUGCGGACACUAUUCCUGAGAGACACACAUCGGAAAGCGCUGAGUGAGGGCCUGCGGCGGCGUUUCAUGUUCGCAGGCAUCAUGAACAUUUUUGUGGCCCCUUUUAUCGUGGUCUAUUUCCUGAUGCACUACUUUUUCCGUUACUUCAACGAGUUCAAGAAGAACCCGUCUCAGAUUGGGUCUCGGCAAUACACCCCUCUAGCCGAGUGGAAAUUCCGGGAGUUCAAUGAGCUUUGGCAUCUCUUUGAGCGUAGGCUGAAUAUGUCGUACCCUUUUGCCAGCCGAUACAUUGAUCAAUUCCCCAAAGACAAGGCCGUCCAGCUGGCUGGCUUCGUGGCAUUUGUCUCCGGUGCCCUGGCCUCCGUCCUUGCCCUGGCAUCGAUCGUGGAUCCCGAACUGUUCUUGGGCUUUGAAAUCACGCCUGACCGCACCGUUCUGUUCUAUCUUGGCGUCUUUGGAUCUAUCUGGGCCUUUGCUCGAGGAGUGGUUCCCGAGGAAACUAAUGUGUUCGAUCCUGAAUACGCCCUGCUCGAGGUGAUCAAUUUCACACACUACUUCCCAAAUCACUGGAAAGGCCGACUGCAUAGCGACGACGUACGGCGAGACUUCGCCACGCAAUACCAGGUCAAGAUUGUGAUUUUCUUGGAAGAGAUUCUCAGCAUGAUAUUCACCCCCUUUAUCCUUUGGUUUAGUCUGCCCAAGUGCAGUGACCGGCUGAUUGAUUUCUUUCGAGAGUUCACGGUGCACGUGGACGGAAUGGGCUAUCUUUGCUCGUUUGCCGUCUUUGACUUCAAGAAAGGCACCAACGAGAUCACGCAGGGAGAUGCCGGCCGACGAAACCCUGCGAGGCAGGACCUCCGGGCGGACUACUUUUCGACCAAGGAUGGCAAGAUGCUCGCAUCCUAUUACGGAUUUUUGGAUCACUAUGGAGGCAACCGGCCUGCUCAUCCGGCUGGGAAGCGUCCGUUCCAUCCCCCACCCACAUUCCCGCCAUUGGGAUCGCCCUCGAUGAUCGAGCCGGGCAAUAUCGGCGACCGACAGUCUACCGUAGGAGUUCCUCGGUUUGUUAACCCGGGCCUAGGAGACUCGAUACUUUUGGACCCCCAUCACCAGCCAUCUGCGUCGGGAUUCCGGACCAGCAAUCGCAACCCGGCCUAUUCCCGCUAUCGGUCGUCGCGUCCUUCGCGACCGGCCUCGGACCCCAUCGAGGACGAUGAAUCGCCAACCGCAGAGACGCGGAGUCCGGCCGUAAAGAAAUCGCCGCACAGCGGAGCCAUCGGUGGCAGUGACAGCAACCUCGGCGACUCGUGGCGAGUCAACUUAAUGGGGGAUAUCGAGGAAGAUGACGGCGAGGAAGAGGGGGAAAAUGUGGAUGCCAUUGCCGGGGGUGCAGGCGUGUUGGGCCUCAUUCAGCAAUUCCAGAAAGUCAACAAGGACAACCGCGGCCGGAACACCGUAGGGAUUUGACCUCCGUCUGCACUGGCGUUUCUUCAUAGAUAACCUUGUAUACCAUCAUGUGGUUAUACCAGCCAACCGACUUAGGAGUUCAGUGGCCAUCGUUUCGGAGUUGAAACUUGACGUGGUUUUAAUCUUCUUUUUUCUUUUUCUUUUUCUUUUUCUUAUUCUUUUUUCUCCUCUGCUGUACUCCGUACUACAGUACGUCGGGGAGCCCUAUACUAUGCACUAUUUUUGACACAUGGAAAUUACGGUUGAAUUGAUGAAAACCAUCCCUGUCACAGAUAAAUGGAGCGAAGUCGCCCAGACUGGAGCACGGCAAGCCCCUUGCGGUGAAUUUUCAUGGUGGAAUUGAUAGCCGGGCGGGAUUAUCCCCCCUGGUCAGGUUGCAGAGUUAUAAAUAGAAACACUGCAGGGACCGAUGGAUUCAGGUUUUUUCAUAUUCAUCCUUGCGAGAUCAUAUUGACACUCAUUCGUGGAUCCUGCAGGUCCCAGCCAAGAACGACAUGGACAUCGCUGACAGGAAGGGGACUUCUUAGGGGAAGAAUGCUGGAUGUCAUCUUCGAUCCCACUGGAAUGUGUCUGUCGGUCUGUCCUCUCUCUCUAGUCUAGAACCUCGGAUCUUCUCAUUGCUGAUCCGGGGCAUUUUUCCAUGUGCUUAUCGGACGCAAUGCAGUCGAUACGCAUCCUACUUGAAGCCGAUGCACGUCGGACGGAAUCUGUGUAGUCGUAGACUGCUACUCCGUAAGUGUUAAUGGGAUAGAUUAAAACCAGAGGGGGUCAAUUGUCAGGACGAAAGUACUCAGAAGUACUCCUGAUCACUGGACCCAAAAAAUGGCACACGAGAGAAGGUCU